AUGAACUGGACGGCAUCGCGACACGCCGUCGCUGGCCUCGUCGCCCUGGUAGAAGCGCCAUUAUGCAGACACCCUGUACAUCGAGCUUGCCGGCGAGCGGCACUCCAAUCGCGCGCGGUAUCGACGACUGCCCGGAGAUGGCAACAACCAGCAGCAGCGCCAACGACCCCAUCCCCAUCGCGAGCAGCAGUGAACACAGCGCAAGUCGCAAACGAGCUAUCUCCGUCAGACGAGUCGGAACCACGGCGAUCAUUGACGGAAGGCCUGGAUGAUCCACCGCCAGUACUCGGCGAGGAUGAGAAGCAGGUCGACUGGACGCGAUCAUUCCAUGGCCUCUCCGCAGCGCCUUUCGCCAAAGAGCAGUCCGACAUUCUGCAGCAGCGCCUAGAGUUCAACGACAUCGAGAUCAAGCCAGAUGGCAUUGUAUACCUGCCCGAGAUCAAGUACCGCCGCAUCCUGAACCAGGCAUUCGGACCAGGCGGAUGGGGGCUUGCGCCACGCGGAGAGACGAUAGUCACAGGCAACAUCGUUACGCGAGAGUAUGGUCUCGUCGCUGGCGGAAGACUGAUCAGCAUCGCCCGCGGCGAACAACAAUACUUCGACCCCGACGGCAUCCCCACCGCCACUGAAGGCUGCAAAUCCAACGCCCUCAUGCGCUGCUGCAAGGAUUUGGGCAUCGCAUCCGAGCUCUGGGAUCCUCGCUUCAUCAGGAAGUUCAUGGCGGAGAUGGGUAAAGAGAUGAUGGUGGAACACGUUGUGACCAAGAAGAGGAGGAAGCACUGGAUGCGAAAAGAUGAUGAUCUGAAGUAUCCAUUGAAGGAGGUUACUUUCCCAGGGCAGAGCUCGCCGGUUGGGAAUACACAGAGCGGUGGUGUGGCGCCCAAGGCGGCGACGGCGUACAAGUCGGCAACGGCGAGCCCGAGUGCGACGAAUACGGUGAACAGGGUACUGCCGAAGAAGCCUGUCGCCACGGCGUCAUCAUAG